AUGGGGCUGAAGACUCUGAGCACCGGGCUAAAACCCAACCAGGAAACCAACGAGCUGGUGGCCAUUAAGAAGUUCAAAGACAGUGAAGAAAAUGAGGAGGUCAAGGAGACGACCCUUCGGGAGCUGAAGAUGCUUCGGACACUGAAGCAGGACAACAUCGUCGAGCUGAAGGAAGCCUUUCGGAGGAGGGGGAAACUCUACCUUGUGUUUGAAUAUGUUGAGAGGAAUAUGCUGGAGCUGUUAGAGGAACUGCCCACCGGUGCUCCACCUGAUAAAGUCCGCAGCUACAUCUACCAGCUCAUCAAAGCCAUCAAUUGGUGUCACAAGAAUGAGAUCGUGCACAGAGAUAUCAAGCCAGAGAACCUCCUCAUCAGCUCGGAGGAUGUUCUCAAACUCUGUGACUUUGGUUUUGCUCGUAACCUGUCUGAAGGAACAGAUGCCAACUAUACUGAGUAUGUGGCCACAAGGUGGUACCGCUCGCCUGAGCUGCUGCUGGGGGCUCCGUACGGCAAGGCGGUGGACAUGUGGUCGGUGGGGUGUAUCCUCGGGGAGCUAAGUGACGGACAGCCCUUGUUUCCAGGGGAAAGUGAGAUUGAUCAGCUCUUCACCAUUCAGAAGGUCCUGGGGCCACUUCCUGCUGAACAGAUGAAGCUCUUCUACAACAACCCUCGCUUUCAUGGAAUCAGGUUUCCUUCAGUUACUCAUCCUCAGACUUUGGAGAGAAGAUACCAAGGCAUCUUAAGUGGUUUGAUGUUGGAUCUGAUGAAGAACUUGCUGCUGCUAAACCCUACGGAGCGUUAUCUGACGGAGCAGAGUUUGAACCAUCCAGCCUUCCAGCCUCUGAGGCAGGUAGAGAGAGACAGGCCUUCUCCUGCCUCUCCCAACCCACCACGCUCCUCCAAGAGGAAAACACACCAUCACGGAGAAAACACAGUUCCUACAAGGAGUCACAAUAAAACCACGAGCCACCGUCGCUCAAACAGCAAAGAAUGUUCAAGUCUCCCUCGCCAUGGAGACCUCCAUCACCUUGGCAACGAGAGUUUCCUCAAUGGUAACAAACCAGCCCCGUCCAGUUUAAGUCCUACGCUCCACCCCAAGAGCCAAUACAUGUCCCAGACCCUGAAUCGUUCCGUCUCAUCGAGCAAAGACCUGGCUAAUAACAACCUGCCACACCUCCUCAGUCCUAAAGAAGUAAAAGGCAAGACAGAGUUUGAUUUCAGCUUAGGACCCUCGCCAAAGCUGUCAGACCAGGUUCACGGAGCAAAGUACGGCCACAGCAAGCCCAGUUCCUCCCGCUCUCAGCAGCAGCAGCAGGCUAGCCGUCACACCUUCCUGGAAGGCAAGACCAACACGCUGCAGUCUGGAGGAGAGAAACAACAUGGCCGACAUUCCCAUAGUAUGGCCGACUCUGCCCAUGGAUCAAUGUCCUCCUCUUCUAAAAGUUCAGCCUCUUAUCUCAGCCUGUCCAAGAGCCACAGCGCACUGAGUGACGCCAAAUCUGUAGGCAAUCUCAGUGAUGGCCGACUCCACCCAGAUGACCCAAACUCCAACACGACAGCAGGGGUGGGACCUGGCGCCCGCUUCUUCCCCGCCAGCUGUUUAGACCUCAACACCCCUUCAGGUCCUCCAGGGCCGCCCGGAAGCCCCUCUACACGACAUAGUGAUCGCUCCGGGCAUAGCCCUGCCUCUCGUAGCAGUGGCAACGUCCGCAUGGAGAGCAGCACACUCGACUCCUCCUCCAGACACAAAUCCAGACAUAAAUCUAUGGCACCAGAGGAGGCCAAUGCUCCGGAGCUCUUAGACCCAGGAGGACCAGGGAUGCCCUCCACUCACACCCUGCCUUCCCCACAUGAAUCUUACCAUUACGGCCUGGGUUAUACAUCUCCAUUCUCCUCUCAGCAACGGCCUCAACGCCACUCCAUGUACGUAAGAAGAGAGCGCCACAGACCUCAUGGAGUUGAAAGUGGGAUGGCGGGCCUGCCUCCACCGGGACAGGCAAUACCAACACGUGCCAGCAGCCUGCAGCUCCUCUCCCCCCAACUCCAGCACCGGACCACCCUGACUGGGCACUCAGUCAACUCUUCAAGAGAGGACUGCACUGAUGACAUGACAAGGAGUGAGCAGUCCCCUAAAGACAUGAGCCAUCCUUGUGCCCCCAUCAAAGACUCUACGAGGGACAACACUGCUGCUUUUCAUACACAGCGCUCUAAAAAUGAGGUCGGUAUGUAUCAUGACCCCCACGGUGAGGAUGGAGUGUCCUCCAAGGAGAACCGGAUGAUCUUCACUGAGUCCAUGCCUCGAAGAGUUGGCAGCUUUUACAGAGUCCCUUCCCCCAGACCAGAUAACUCCUCUUCUUUCCAUGACGGUGUUGGGCAGGGUCGAGGGCCGGUCGUACCCGGUGACCCCAUUGCCAUGGCCAACCACUCCAAACGCCAGACCGCUUUUGACUGGUCUGCUGCAGAAGCAAUGGUCAUGAAUCCUCCAGAGCCCGCCAAAGAGAAGGAGAAACAAGGCUUCUUCAGAGCCAUUAAAAAGAAAAAGAAGAAGACACAAAUAACAGAUAUGGAGGACGGGAGGAACCCCAGCAUCAAGAAAAGCCUUUUCCCCCUCUUUAGCUCAAAGAAUAGCUUAAAGCACAACUCAGCUGUCAAAGUCCUACCUGUAGUCGCCUCGCCUAUGGUACAACACCAGCCUACUGCACCCUACCCUGCCUCACCAGUACCUGGUAACGGACAAGAACACCUGUCCCUGCAGAGGAGCUCCAAGUCGUCCUCUCACCAUGGCAGCCGUCGGAAAAACCGUGAGCGAUCCCGGGACAGAGACAGAGAGCGGGAACAGAGCCGGGACAGAGAUCGAGACAGAGAGAGAGAGAGAGAACGGGAGAGAGAAAGAGAGAGGGAAAGGGAGAGAGAGAGGGAAAGAGGGAGGGAGAGAGAAAGAGUGAAUGACUGGCCGCCAGAGAAACCAGUGGACUCACACUCUCAGAGCCAACCACUCAAGUCACUUCGCAGGCUCCUUCACCUCUCCCCUUCUUCCUCAAACCAAGGACAGCCCCCUCCUCCUCCUCCUCCAGACCUGCGCUUCCAACCCCCCCUCCCAAACCCGCCUCAGCCCUCCUCCAAAGCGAGCUACCCUGAGAGCCGAGGGCACGCAGAGAGCAGGGGGCACUCCGGGGUGAGCAGUUCCUCCCAGGCCAAGAGCCGCAAGGCCAGCUACCCCCUCCCAGGGCAGAUCGAGUCCAGCUGGCAUGUGUCUGCUUUGCAGCGGGCGGAGGGCGCACAGUUCACCCCCGAGCAGCUGGGCAUCAAACCUGGGCAGAACGGACCCACCUUUACCCGCGCCUCUCGCACCAGGAUGCCAAACCUCAAUGACCUGAAGGAGACCGCGCUGUAA